AGGAUCGGUACUAGCAGGUCUUCCUGUUGAAGGAGAAAAGAAACUGAAAGAAUAAGUUCAGAGCAGAGAUCGUUGGUGGGAGGUUUCUUUUACCAUGUCAUCAGACGAGGAUUUCUCCCUGGUGGGAAAGUCGGACCAAAAUGAAGACACCUUAGAGGGAGUCCAGGCUCUAAUUAAGGAAUACCAGAAAAAGUAUUCUGAGAUCCUGGAGGAGCAAAAGGACAUAAAGGACUCCACUGUAGAACAUCAGGAUAUGACCCAACAGUUCAAGAAACGCACACAAAAGCUGACAGAGGCCCUGAAAAAGGACGAGAUCUCCUUCAAAGAACAGAUCGCCAGUGACGAGGCCAAGCUGAAUGCGCUGAAGCAAGAGAAGAGUGAUCUCAUGGAGGAGUUACAGAGAAUCGAGGCUGAAAUCGAGGAAGAAGACUCCAGAAACGCCCAUCUGAGGGAGCGGGCGGAUGUGUUCUCCAAAAUGCCAGAGAAGAAGUUUGUCUUUUCUGGGAAGAUAGGAAAGGCCAACGACACGGAGGACUUUGAGAUGAAGCCUCACAUCACUUACCCGAUGGAAGAAGGAACGGCACUCAUCACGUUCGAGGAGGAGGACGUGGCGAUAAAAAUUCUGGAAAUGAGGAAACAUAAAGUGGAUCUGGGGGAAGAGUGCAGGAUCAUCGUGGAAGCCCAGCCGGUUCACCUGAUGAUGCCCAGUCUGGUCGAGAUCGACACUGAGAUUUGUCCUCAGCGGAUUUUAAUCUCCAACCUACCCAAGAUGGACACGGAGACUAUGCAGAACAAACUGGAGAUCCACUUCUCCAAAUCCAAAAAUGGAGGCGGCGAAGUGGACUGCUGCGAGUUCCUGCCAGACUCUGGGACGGUGGUCAUCACGUUCGUGGAGAAAAACAUUGCAGAACGUUUGACCGAAACAGAACACCAUGAAGUAAAGCUCACCCAAACAAAGCACAAAGUGAGAGUGACGCCUUUCAUAAAUGGAAAGAUAACAAAUUUGGAGACCAGGACCUCCAUGUGCCGUCGAACCGUUCUGCUGACAGGAAUACCAAACGUCAUGGACCAGGAGACUCUGCAGGACAUGCUGGAAAUCCACUUCCAGAAAAACGGCAACGGUGGAGGGGAGAUUGAAUCCUUCCUGUACAACCCACUGGGUCAGCACACCUUGGCCUUGUUCAGCAACGUCUCCUCAGAAGAUACAGAGGAGUAGAUGCAGCUGCUGCUCACCUGCUGCUCCAGAAAAUACCCGAUCCAUCUGCAUUAGGAAACAUCAGGAAUCUCUUUCUGAUGGAUCUUAGCAGAACUCCCCUCAGUUAUCUGUUGUUUUGCAAAUAAUGGGAAUGGUGAAGGGGCUUAACUUUAUGGAAAAAUUGAUUCCAAAACUUUUACACACACACAUAUAUAUAUAUAUAUUUGAACAUGACUAUAACAUAAAUGAUCAGAUAGGAAAUUACUGACACCUGUUAUUACUGGAAAGACGUUAAUACUUAAAGUGAACAUUUCGUGAAAUGUAACUGUUCUUCAGAUUAUAUAAUAAAGAAUAAUCAGGGAAAA